GAGGACAAUAAUCCAACUAUGAAAUGGAAAACCUGUGAUGUAUGAACGGAGUGAUGCUGGGCGGACUCAGCCUCAACACACCGAAGUCUAUGAAAAUUCAUAGGAUUUGAAUUGGUCGCUCUUUAGGAGCCUUUAACGCAUUGUAAAAGUGACUUUGCAUAAACGCCGUGCUUAUCCAUUAAUGUAUGGAAUUAUUGAUAAAUAAUAUAUAUAUUCCGAGAGAGCAGAAGAGAUCUGCAGGGUAACAAUGGCUUCGCAUUCGCUAAAGAAUACUGCAUCGCUGCCGAUAACGACCGCCGAUUCUUCUCCGUCGGAAAGAUCGACGGAGGAUAAACUCUUCAAAGGAUCCUCCAUGACGAAGCGUGGAGCUUUAGCUGCCGUCUCUUACAUGUCCUGCGCGGUUCUGCUGGUGUUGUUCAACAAAGCAGCUCUCUCUUUGUACAAUUUCCCAUCUUCAAGCGUGAUCACGCUAUGUCAGAUGAUAUGUUCAUCUUGCUUUCUCUACCUUUUACGGCAAUGGAAACUUAUAUCUUUUCAUAUGGCCGAAUCCCCAACCAUACCUGAUAAUUCCAAAUCCUUAGUACCUUUAAAAACAGUGAUUGCUACUCUACCUCUGGCUGUUACCUAUCUCAUUUAUAUGUUAGUCACCAUGGAGUCUGUUAGGGGAGUAAAUGUGCCAAUGUAUACUACUCUCAGGAGGACAACCGUUGUUUUUACUAUGAUGAUGGAGUAUAUUCUUGCAAAGCAGAGGUACACACGCACUAUUGUUGGAAGUGUGGCAUUGAUUGUGUUUGGUGCAUUUGUUGCGGGAGCUCGUGACUUGUCAUUUGAUUUCUAUGGUUAUCUCGCUGUUUUCAUAGCCAACAUCACAACUGCUAUAUACCUUGCAACCAUAGCACGCAUGGGAAAAUCAAGCGGGCUUAAUAGCUUCGGUCUCAUGUGGUGUAAUGGGGUUGUUUGUGUUCCAUUCUUACUUAUCUGGACAUUUGUGAGGGGCGACCUGGGGGAAACUCUUAAUUUUCCGUAUUUGCUUUCACCUGGUUUCCUGGCUAUAUUGCUUUUAUCCUGUAUUUUGGCCUUCUUCUUGAAUUAUUGUAUAUUCCUGAACACCACACUGAAUUCCGCAGUUACGCAGACAAUCUGUGGGAAUAUGAAGGACCUUUUCACUAUUUCACUUGGAUGGAUGGUCUUUGGAGGUCUUCCAUUUGAUUUGUUGAAUGUUAUUGGGCAGCUUCUUGGUUUCACUGGAUCCGGUCUAUAUGCAUACUAUAAGCUUAUCGGAAAAUGAUACGCUGAACUCAAGAGAACGAUUUUCUUGGGGGUUAGAUAAAGUUGCAGCAUUUUUUGCAGUAUUGGUUGAGGCUUCGGAAAGGAAACUGGAGUUAACUUUCAUACAAGAAUCCCUUAUUCUUUUUGGAGGGAUCAAGAUCUGCUGUUUCAUGUGUACUGUAAUGUAAUUUAAGCUGGGUAGGCUUUAUAUCUAUUGCAGAAAACUGCUAUAUGAAAUGUGAUAUAUUUAUGUAAGCAAUUUUUUUUUCAAAAGGUGAUGAUGAUUGACGAGGGUUAAGUCGGUGAUACACACUAGUGUAGUGUCUUAGUGAGCGCCCUCGUGAUAUCAUGCGUGGUUGGAACUUGCUUAAAAGGUGAUGAUGAUUGACGAUUGUUUUUAUACGUAGUGCGUAUAAAAUAAAAUAUUAAAGAAAAAUAAGUUCUGCUUCAAUAACAAAAUGUUUUUGC